AUGCCAAACUUUGGAGGAGGAGUGAAGUGUGCAGCCUGUGUGAAGACGGUGUAUCACGCAGAGGAGAUCCAGUGUAACGGGAGGAGCUUCCACAAGCCCUGCUUCAUCUGCAUGACCUGCAGGAAAGGGCUGGACAGCACUACAGUUGCAGCGCAUGAGUCGGAGAUUUACUGCAAGUCAUGUUAUGGCAAGAAAUACGGGCCAAAAGGCUACGGAUAUGGGCAAGGAGCUGGAGCUCUGAGCUCAGACCCUCCUCGUUUUGGCAUUCUGCCCCAUGAGUAUGUCUCUAAACCACGACCUGCUUCUCCUGCUCCUAAAGCCUCCAGUGAGCAUAAAUCUUCCCCAAAGUUUGGCUGUUCAGACCGCUGCCCUCGCUGCUCCAAAGCAGUCUACGCAGCAGAGAAGGUGAUGAGUGCAGGAAAGCCCUGGCAUAAAACCUGUUUCCGCUGCGUCCUGUGUGGUAAAAGUCUUGAGUCGACCAACGUGACAGACAAGGAUGGAGAGCUCUACUGUAAAGUUUGCUACGCCAAAAACUUUGGCCCGAAGGGGUUUGGACUGGGCAACGAAGCCAUGUUGGACUAACGACAGUUUUAAACUUCAGCUGUUUCAGAGGAGACUCAGCUUUUACACUGGAUGAUGUUUGUAAAACAUGACGGAAGCCAAAAAACGGCAGUCAUGCAAUAUUUUACAUUUUUAUCU